UGGACCAAUAACUCAAAGGCCUAUAAAAUCAGAGCCACACGCAAACAACGUAACAGUGCACCAAGAGCCGUUGAACUGCCCGCAGACCCUGUCGUUUCCCAGCAGUGCCAGCACCAAGAGCCUUUGAACUGCCCGCAGACCCUGUCGUUUCCCAGCAUUGCUAGCACCAAGAGCCUUUGAACAGCCCGCAGACCCUGUCGUCCAGUCCCUGAUCACAGCUCCAAGAUGCCGCGAGGUCUCGUGCUUCUCAUCGUCGUCGCGGCGGCAGCGUCGACGCAGGCCGCUUAUUCGGAUUGCUUUUUGACGUUGAACUAUGCCCGCGAUGCUGUGUCUGCAACGGCGUGGUCUGCUUGCUCGCCCCAGUACACUGUGGAUCUUGGGAUAUUUACGAAAAUGGACUGCAAUCUGUACGCUAAAUCGUACAACGCGCCUAAAUGUGAUCCAGUUAUUGCCAACUACAUGAAGUGCGCGGUGAAAGCAGUCGGACUUCUGAAGGCAGACAACACGUUCGACGACGCGGCCUUCAAAGCCACCACAUUGCAGAACAAAUGCAGCGCUGACGCAAAGUUCAUAGCCGCCUACCCGAAAUGCAUGAACUACACCAUGAAAUAUAUGAACGUCGGCCGACUAAUCGCCUGUCUCGUGAGUGCUGUAUAUUGACGAGUGAUAUCACGGAAGAACAUGAACGGCUGAUGUCAUGGAAGUACAUAGAAAUGAGCCAGAAGAAGACGAACUGAGCAUCAGAAAACUUUUCUUCUUGCGUAACCUAUUCAUUUCCGCUUAGAUGGAUUGCUGACGAGAAUAUUGUAAUUGUUGCAAUUAUUAAUUCGGGACUUCUUCGGUUAUGUUUGUGGCUGCGUGUUUAGUCUUUGGUUUACGGAUUUUUAACAAUCGAGUUUCACCCUCUCUUCCCCAUAAAAUAAAGAUUCGGGAAAAGAUUGGUAGGAAACAUUUACUAUACCCAAAUUAAGGUACAUUUAUCCCUCUGCAUACAUUGUUACCGAGUUUUGCUGCCACGCGCAGUUUCUGGGAUAUAAUCAUAUGUAUAAGCUACAUCUAUAUAAUAAGAAUAGAAUAAAUGAUUUGAAUGUU